AUGCCUGCAGAGAAGAGGAGGAGGGCUGAGGCCCCAGCGAUAGUGCCGGAGCGUGGCGACCCAGGUAUCCAUGCCCUAACUACACCAGAGGACUCUACUACAGCGGCAUUACCAAUAUUCAGUACUCCUUCGUCAUCCAACACCUCCGCAGACCCAGGAUCCCAGCCCUCAUCCUUCACCUUUCCACUGAACCCAGACGUAAAUAUCGACGUACCCAUGAUGGCCACCUUUUGA